AUGCCGGAAAGUGGACCAGUGUAUCAGCCGACGACGGUAUCGUUCGAGGCACGCCCGAGUGCCGGCGGUUUGCUGGCACAAACUACAGCCGCCUCGUCGAUGAAGAUGCUCCGCAAACCGGCCAUACAGGUGUCCAUACUGGUGUUCGGUUUGAUCAUGUUCGCAACAGGAAUAGCACUGGUUGCGAGCGGUUCAGCAGACUAUUCCGAUGCCGAGCAGCAUCCGGAAAUUAAUCCGGAGGGCAAGGUGCAGGAAGAGCAAAUCGAUGUGGGAUUGAUCGUAACCGGUGCGAUCAUUACACUGUUCGGGAUCAUUUUCCUAGGACUGUACGUGAAGGUAGCUGAUUGGCGCCGCAGCUGCGUGUGUCCGUGCGUGCUGUCGAAAAAGCAGGGCCUAGCGCGGCAACUGCAAGGGAACGGUGGUGGUCAAAUUUUGGCCUUAAAUCCGAGCACCGAUCCGCUGGUAUCGCACACGCAGUAUGCACCAGUGUCCGAAAUUCCGACCCGCCAGGAGGACGAGGAACGGCGGAACCUGAUGCCGGACAGCAAGGAUUCGUGUAUGAGCAGUGCGGAAGAAUCGGACCGGAUGCUCGAUACGGAUCCGCGGAUCGUGCUCCGGCCGAUUGGGAGCACCUUGGAAGAUGCUUAAAUGUAUGUACACAAACACCCAAAACCCAUACAC